GAUGCAUGUCUCACGAGCGCCACGACACACCUUCAGACGAGCCACCUACGACUACUACAGGCCACACCACCCACACCCCUCUUCCAUCGAGGGGCAGAGUCAGAUCCUCUCUCGUAACGGGCCGCACUCGCAAGGCAAACAGUCUUGCCCUGUCACACUCUGUGUCCACUGUCGACCUAGCCGGACAAGGCGGGAAUCCCCUUCACAGCAUUGCUUCAAAGGCCGAAAAGUCUCUCGGCAGUUUAAUUUCAACCUCACUUUAGGAAGUGAUGAACGUUGACAAGAGCACAACAGAAUCGAGUCAAUGGCCUUGAGCCUGGAGAACGCCCCUGGAUGGCCCGCCAACAACAAUAACAAUGUUGCUCAAAAUUCCAUUCAGGCUCCUGCUGCUCCUCCCACGACUCAACUUGAGGCACGCGAAGGCCCCGCUCCCGCUCAAUGGCAAGCGGUGAGGGAGGAAAUCCGGGUCUUGUACGAGAAAAAGCCCUUGAGAGAUGUCAGGAGGAUCUUAGAACAACGGCACGGGUUUCGCGCGACUGAGCGCAUGUAUAAAGCUCGCCUCGCGCAGUGGGGAUUCAGCAAAAACUACUCGGAUAAAGACUAUCAAAUAUGCGCGGUGCUGCAUCACGCCCGACAAAAAAGCGGUAAACGAAGAACGGCCUUUGUGAUACAUGGCCACAAAAGAUCAGUCAAGGACUUGCACAAGUACAUCAAGGGCCGCAAGAUGUCCGAAGAUGCAUUCCUGGCAACCGCACUCAAGAACAUCCACGUUGACAGCCUUGCAGAACACGAACAGGCUCAGUAUGCCCAUGUUCGCGCCUACACGCCACCUCCGGGGGGACCAAACACCCCGAAGCCGGACGGCGACGGCGACGGCGAUGAACCGCUACCCUCACCGACGCAAAUGCAAUCCACGCAAGCAGCCAAGUAUCCCUCUCCGCGAAGGAAGUCGGCAUCGGGUUCUGGGUCUGGAUCGUUCUCCAACCACCAAGGGUCACACCAUCUCCUUCAGACAACAUCACCCCAAUCGGCGACGUUGGUAUUCCCAUCACCUGCGACACAGUUGACAACACCCACGCGACACAUGUACGGUUCGCAAUUAUCCCCAAGCGCAAAUAGUGUCACGGUCACUUGGCCGUCACCGUCCCAUCCUCACCUUGCAACCUCACCGUUGGACGAGACUUUCUCAUCGGCAGCAUUGUCCUACAAGUCUGCGCAAGCCGUACCCUUGAGCAACUACCACGAUCAUAGCAAUCAUGUCAGUUCUGUCCACAGCAGUCCGUGUCAGCGACUUGGUAGGGACGUGGAGUACAUGGCGCUCCAGGUGACCGACGGACCGUCUCUGAGGUCGCUUUGCGGGCACGACGACAUCGAGGCCUGGCGACUGCUGAGUGACACGUCGUCUUCGGACAGUGGAGAGUACGAACACGUCUGUCCAGGCUGCUAUGAACCGAGUCGAAGUCAUUUUGUCAGUCUUACAAAUCUAGAGUUGCCUCAGCAAUCACGAAAUAUCCUCAAUGAGACCGUCGGAGGCACCGAUCGUGCGAUAUCCGUUCCACCAUCAUCUCGCGAUCACCAGCACUCCUGGAGGUGGGUCGCUCGCUGUUUCGCUGCGUGCAUCUAUCUCAGCAGAGGUGACGACGAGCUGUCCCGACGAAGUCUGACCGACGCAAAUGCAGAAUUCAAGCAGAUGCUCGUUCCGACGCAAGAUCCCAAGGUCGUGUUGGCUUUGAAUCAGACCCUCCAGAUCCUCCACAUGCAUGACCAAGGCGAAAUCACCAAGAAGAUCAUGCGGUCGGCGUAUAAUGUGGCACAGCGCGUGCUGGGGCCCGACGACCCUUUGACGGUCAUCACGCGGUGGAUGGUGUACGUGGCGAACCUCCAGAUGCGCGAUCAGGACAUCACAAGUUCCACGCUCUACGGAGUGUAUGGACACUAUCUGCGGCAACAUGGGCCCGAGGAUCCAAGGUCGAUAGCCUCGUUGUACUGUUACGGGUACAUGCUCAACGUGGAGCGGCGGCUCGAGCAGGCGGAACAGGUCCUCCGAGACGUCUACACCAUCUCGUGCGCAAAUCUCGGCCCCCGGCAUUUGCAGAGUUUGUCGGCCCUGACCAACAUGGCUCGGUGUCUGGAGCGACAGGGAAAGCUGGACCAAGCCAUUGAGAUGAUGGAACGGGUCAUCAAGGAUUCAAGGGAUACGUUGGGUGAGAGCCAUCCACGACGGCUCGAGAGCAUGCGGAUACUGGGAAUGUUCUUGGAACAGCGUGGGGAUCUGGACCUGGCAGAAAGACUAUACUGGAGAGUCCUGGAGGGACGGAUCAAAAUGCUCGGUGUCAAUCAUAAAUUCACGCUGGGCGCCAGGGACGUUUUGGAAGCGCUUUUGAGACGGUUGGGCAAGUGGGAUGACCCUGAACACGAGGAUGGGGGUGAGAAUGGGCAGAGCGAGGCGCAGAAUCGAAUUCAGGACUUGUUCGAGUGGAAUCCGUAUGAGAUUCCAGAGGACGUUGUGGCGAGUGAUGGGGAUUUGAGUGAUGGCGUGGGGAGCGAGCAUGAUGCUUUUUGAUAACAUACACAGGGCCUCUGAAGAUGGGCUGCGUGACUUGACCGACCUUUACAACGGACUUGCGAAGUACUACCUUAUACAAUGGCACUGGAACUGGUACUGGAACUGGCUAUGGCAUGAAUGAAUGAAUGACCCCAGCGAGCGUGGCGUAGGUGUCUGGCGCACGUUCGGGCAUUGAUUGAUUGAACUUGAACUUGAACUUGGCUAUUCUGACUGGAAUGGAUACUAGCGUAGCAUAUGAA